AUGCCUCUGCAGCGCGAUCCCGCCCCACCGCUUGCCAUCAUUGGCAUGGGGAUGAGGCUUCCUGGAGGGAUAUCAACGGCGGAAGAGUUCUGGAGCCUUCUCAUCGGGAAGAAAGACGGAAGAUGCCGAGUACCAAGCAGUCGCUACAAUGUGGAUGCGUUCUACGGCGACAAAACCCACCAGCAGAAUAUUGCGACCGACAACGGCUACUUCCUAGACGUUGACAUCAAAGGUUUUGAUACCACAUUUUUCGGUGUCAAGCGAACAGAGUUGGAUGUGACCGAUCCCCAGCUCCGACUACUUCUCGAGGUUGUUUGGGAAUGUUUCGAGAGCGCCGGUCAGUCGAAUUUCCGCGGCACGAACACGGGUGUCUUCGUGGGCACCUUUGGAGAGGACUGGCACAAUAUGCUCCACAAAGACAGCCUGAUGCGAAGCACCUACCGCGUUCUCAGCGCAGGCGACUAUGCUCUCUCAAAUAUGCUGUCGUGGGAGUACGACUUGAGCGGGCCCAGUAUGACACUCCGCACCGCAUGUUCGUCGUCUCUUUCGGCGCUUCACCUAGCCUGCCAAUCGAUUUACAACGGCGACUGCCCCAUGGCAAUCGUGGCAGGGUCGAGUAUCAUACUGGACCCCGCGAUGACGCUGGACAUGUCAGAGGCAGGCGUACUCUCUCCAACCGGCUCCUGCAAGACCUUCGAUGCAGCCGCGGAUGGCUUCGCGCGCGGAGAGGCUAUCAAUGCCGUACUGAUUAAACCGCUCGACGAUGCGAUGCGAGAUGGUGACCCUGUGAAACCCAACCUCGGCCACGGUGAGGGUGCCGCUGCUCUGACGAGCAUCAUCAAAGCGAUCCUAGCGCUGGAAAAUGAGACAAUCCCGCCGAACAUCAACUUCAUUACUCCAAACCCGAAGAUACCGUUCCAAGACUACAAGCUGGAGGUGCCCAUAGAGCCGGUCCCCUGGCCCAAGAACAGGCCGGCCAGAAUCAGCGUCAGCUCAUUCGGUAUUGGAGGUGCCAAUGGACACGUCAUACUCGACUCGGCCGCUUCGUUUGCCGUUCACCGCCGUGCCGCUGUGGCCUCUGGAAAGAGCAGUGGAGAGUCGCAUGCUCCAUUGCAGAUAUCCGACUCGUCUUCUGACGAGUCUUCUGAGAAAGAAUCUCUGUCUGAUUCCACAUCCAUCGAGUCAUCCGAUGGGUUGCUCAACAAUGCUACAGGACGCAGAUGUGAUGAAACGUUGGGAAAGCAAGACGUUGGUCAUACCGGCGAGGCACUUUCUGAUUCCCCAGCCAAUGAUGUCUCCGAGCUUCCCUUCCUAUUCCCAAUUUCAGCCGGGAGCGAACAGUCGCUAAGCGCCCGCGUGGAUGAUUUGAAGCGAUAUCUUGAGGCUCGGCCCGAGUCAAUUGGGGACGUGGCUUUCACCCUCGGCACCCGCCGGGAGCACCUGCGGCAUCGCACCUUCUGUAUUGCAAGGCCUGGGACAUCUGUCCCGCUGGACUUUGGCUCAUUCGGCAAAGUUUCGGGCACAGCCAGAAAAGAUUCUGCUAUUGCGUUCGUCUUUACGGGACAAGGAGCCCAAUGGCCAGGCAUGGGAAAGUCACUCAUCGAGAGCUUGUCGGGCCUCUUAGAGGACAUGCAGGAUAUGGACCGAGUGCUCCAGCAACUGAAGCCGGCACCAGAGUGGACUCUGGAAGCGCUUUUACGCGGCACUGAUAAUGCUCGCAAAGACGCUCUGAACGAUGCAGAGCUCGCCCAACCCCUCUGCACUGCGCUUCAGAUCGGUCUGGUGAACUUUCUUCGACUGUGCGGCGUGACGCCCGGCGCCGUGAUCGGGCACUCGAGUGGAGAAAUUGCUGCAGCUUACACCGCUGGGGCGAUCACGAUGAACGAAGCGAUUACGUGCGCCUACCUUCGAGGCCUCGCAGCAAAGAGCCAAAGUCGUGUCGGCGGCAUGGCGGCUGUUGGCAAGGGAAGGAAGGCUGUUCUUCCCUUUCUUGUUGAUGGCGUCCAUAUUGCCUGCGAGAAUAGUCCGGAAAGUGUGACCAUUUCUGGAGACCUGGACGCUCUGGAGAGGAGUCUAAAAGCGAUCACGGACGAGGACCCCGAGGCAUUCACCCGGAAGCUUGAUGUGAACGUCGCCUAUCACUCACGACCCGAUGUCGUUUUCCCGGUUGCCGGCUUCAUUGCGAUGAUGGGCGAAGCCAUACGCCAAUUCACGGACUCAGAUGGCUAUGUGCUACGUCAUUUGAUGGUGAAGUCCGCCCUGCUGAUGCCCCAGACCGACCCCGUCGAACUCAUGACAACUUUAAAACCCCUGAGGUUGACGGGUCUAACCAAUUCGUCACGCUGGUAUGAGCUUUCUGUAUCUGCUUUCAACGGCAUAACCUGGGUUGAGAGCUGCAUCGCUCGGGGCAGGCCGGCAGAGGGAGGCGGAGGCGAAGACUUGGGGGACCGAACGACAGCGACGACUCUGCCAUACCUACGCAAGGUGCCAGAGCGUUACUUCUAUGAUCGAGUACAAAGCCAAGGUCUCAGAUACGGCCCGCGCUUUCAACUUCUGAAAGACAUUUCGGCCGACGUCGAAAGUCAUGCCGCCGUUGCGACUGUGCGAGAUGACGAGAGCGAGUACGAGGCUCCCUAUGCGGUUCACCCCACAACGAUCGACUGCUGCCUUCAACUGGGCGUGCUUGCCAACUGCCAAGGCAUCGCUCGCAAACUCACCGGCUUGGUUCUGCCCGUGGCGAUUGAGGAUAUCUUUGUCCACCCGGGUGGGCCCGACCUCGCUCUGGAAGCCGCCGUGGACCCAAGCGCAAACACGGCCGAGGCGAGAGCUGUCGCGACGGAGAGCAACCGCACAGUGUUGGAGAUCAAGAACGGGCGUUUCAUGCCCUUCAAUGCUGGAGACUCCGAGGCCGACGUCAUACACGCAUCCAGGGUCCAGUGGCUCCCGGACAUUGACUGCCAUGAUCAGCGCGGGUUGAUACGCCGGAACGACUCUAAGCGCGACAUUCUCAUUGCCAGUGAAAGGCUUGCGGCGGCAUGCAUACUUCAGUUAUUUAAAGUACUACGAUCUCUGGAUGUGUCACCCUCUGGCCACCUCGCGAAAUAUGCCGCAUGGGUGGAACGAGAGAGAGACCUCAUAGCCCGAGGUCGGCGCGACAGUUUAGUACCUGAGUCACAGCGAUGGACUUCGAUGGACGAGGACUCUCUCCAGGGGGUCUUGGACACUCUGCUGGAAGAUGUCCAUGCCUUUGGCGACCCCGCUGCAUCGGACGUUGCCGUAAUGGUGAGACGAUUAGCACUCCGGGAAAGAAUCGAGCCACUCUUCAAAGAAACGUCGAACCCCUUGGAACUCUUUCUGGAGGACAGCGGGAUGAAGUCGUUCUACGAUUUCGCUCAGCAGAAUGUCGACAUCGAUCCAUUCAUCUACUUGUGCGCUCACGCCAAUCCAACACUGAAGGUCUUGGAGAUUGGGGGUACCCGAAUGUACUCUCAGUAUGUAUUCACGGACCUUUCUUCGGGAUUCUUCGGCCUGGCCCAAGAUCGCCUUCGCCAGUGGGGCGCAGUAGACUACAAGGUCCUGGAUGUCGAAAAGGACCCCGAAGAACAGGGGUUUGAGCUUGGAUCAUUUGACCUCAUUGUGGCAUCUAACGUCCUGCAUGCAACGCGGUCUUUGCAAUGCUCACUGAAGCAUGUGCGAUCGCUUCUCCGCCCCGGCGGACGCCUAUAUUUAGAGGAGCUCAUAGCCCCCAUGAAUAUCCGCCUUGUCAAUCUUCUGACUGGCACUCUUCCUGGCUGGUGGAUUGGGCAAGACGAUGGCCGCGAAGACGUCCCAUUCGUUUCCGUGGCUAGAUGGGACGAGGAGCUCCGAAAUGCGGGCUUCUCCGGCGUCGAUUCCGUAAUGAUGGAUGAUGAUGCUCCCCACUACAUUUGCGGGCACAUCAUCAGCCAUGCGCUGGUGCCAGUCAUCGAGAGACAUACGGUUCUUUUCUUAUACGACAACAGGAAACACGAAUUUGCUUGCAGUCUGGCAACCGAAUUUGAACGCGAAGGUAUCUGUGUACAAUGGUCAAGAAUCGGCGACCACGAAGAGCACGCCGAGGGUUUGGAUGCCAUUUCCACUAUUGAUCUCGAAGGACCAUACUUUGAUGAUAUCUCUCAGGAGGACUUUUCCACCUUCAUGAACUACCUGUCUCGUCUGAAAGGUGGCUUGCUGUGGCUCACACGCUCGGCACAGCUCGGAUGCAAGGAUCCUCGCUAUGGGAUUGUGACUGGGCUUGCGCGGACCAUCCGACCCGAGAUUGGCGUGGACUUUUGGACGGCGGAGCUGGACAGCCUGGAUUCAGCCACCACAGCUUCAGUGGCUGCUAUAUACCGCAAAUUUCAUGCACGCCCCGGGCUGGAUGCGGAGAGCAAGCUGGACAGCGAGUAUGCCGUCAAGGAUGGAGUCGUUCACAUCGGGCGCUACCACUGGAGCUCGACGGUGAAAGAGCUACAGUCUCAGUCGAGUCCGGAUCCGAAGCAACUCAUCAUCGGCCGGUUUGGCUUGAUUGGCUCCAUGCACUGGGUCCAGCACCAGCCGAGCGAUGUUGGGGAUGACGAGGUAGAGAUUGAAGUUCGUUGCGUGGGUCUCAACUUCAAGGACAUCAUGGUUGCCAUGGGAUUUGUCCCUGAAAGCCAAGACACACUCGGCAUAGAGGCCACGGGAGUGAUUACCCGCGUGGGCGCAGCUGUCGGCUCCUUAAAAGUCGGGGCUCGCGUUUGCGUUCUUGCCAACGGCCUUUUGGCAACUCGAAAGGUGGUCCCCGCCAGGCUGGUGCUGCCCAUACCACACAGCUUGAGCUUUGAAGAAGCUGUCACGUUGCCGGUGGCGUAUGUGACUGUCUUACAUGCCAUCAUGAACUUGGGGCAGCUUGCGAGAGGACAAUCCAUCCUCAUCCACUCUGCUGCUGGAGGAGUCGGCCAAGCUGCAAUGCAUGUCAGCCACAUGCUGGGAGCCGAGAUCUAUGUCACAGUCGGAACCGAAGAAAAGAUACAGUAUCUCAUCGACAACCACAGCAUACCCCGAGAAAGAAUAUUCAAUUCACGCGACACUUCAUUCCUUGAUGGGAUCAUGCAGAUCACAAAUGGGCGGGGCGUUGACAUGGUGUUGAACUCCCUCUCGGGAGACUUGCUCCAUGCGUCCUGGCAAUGCGUUGCCAAGAACGGAAAGAUGAUGGAGAUUGGUAAGAGAGACAUUCUGGAACACGGCCACUUGGAUCUAGACCUGUUUGGAGGUAACCGAUCCUUCCACGGAAUCGAUCUUCGAGCUCUUUGGUCGGAGAUGCCCGAGAAUUUGCUCAGGCUGCUGGACCAGCUCUCCCGCCUGGGCAUGGAGCAGCAGCUGAAGCCGAUCCGACCAAUCCACACGUUCCCAGUCGAGGAGAUUUCUGACGCCUUCCGAUUCAUGAAGAAAGGCCAGCAUAUCGGAAAGAUUGUCAUCCAAAUGCCGCGAGACACUGAAUCCAUCCCAGCCCGUGUGCCUCAUGAGCCAGAGUUGCUUUCAAGUACCUCUACCUAUCUCCUCAUAGGCGGAUUGGGUGGCCUAGGGAAAGAGGUGACGAGAUGGAUGGUGGAAAAGGGCGCCAGGAGUUUCUGCUUCUUGUCACGCUCAGCCGACGACUCUGGAAAGCAUGGAGGCUUCUUCCAGGAACUGGAGUCGCAGGGUUGUCGAAUAACCACUGUGUCUGGCAGUGUUGCUGAGAUGUCUGACACCAAGAGGGCGAUAGCCGCCGCCCCAACGCCUAUCGUCGGCGUUGUUCAAAUGUCGAUGGUGCUCAGGGACCAUAGUCUUCUCCAAAUGAGCUACGAUGACUGGAAAGCGGUGCAGGAUCCCAAGGUCAAGGGCACAUGGAACCUGCACGAGGCCCUGGCGGGAGUUGCGCUCGACUUUUUUAUACUGUUCGGCUCAAUUGUUGGCGUUGCCGGACAGCCGGGCCAAGGUAAUUACGCCUCUGCCAACAGCUUCUUGGACUCCUUCAUGCAGUACCGCCACGGCUUGGGGCUACCCUGCUCAGUCAUUGACCUUGGCGGAAUGGAGGGCAUCGGCUUCCUCACCACCCGCCCAGACAAGAUGAACCAGUAUCGUAACUCUGGCCUGUACUUCCUACGGGAAGAGCAGUUGAUGGAGGCAGUGCGCAUCGCAAUCAGCCGCUCUUCGCCGAGAGACGGCCUAGGACCGGUCGGCCCGCGUGGUGCUCUCAGCGCCAUGUCCCAGCUCGCCGUUGGCAUGAGGUCGAAGAGGUCGCUGUCUGAUCCGCGAAACACCAUCCUAUUCACGAGGGAUAUCCGGUUUGGCCUGUACAUCAAUAUGAAUCCCGUCGACCAGCUCGACACCGUGUCCAGGGACGAGGAGAUGCGAGAAUUCCUGAAGGACGUCGAGGAGAACCCAGAGGUGCUGAACAAGCCCGACACCCUUCAUCGCAUUUCGAUGGAGAUUGGGCGCACGCUGUUCAAGUUUCUGGCGUUGCCGGAGGAGGAUCUGGACAUUGGAAUGACGCUCGAAUCUAUCGGCGUGGACUCUCUCGUCAGCAUCGAGAUUCGGAACUGGUGGCGGCGGUCGAUUGGACUUGAGGUUACGGUCUUGGAGAUUUUGAACGCGGGGACUAUAGAGGGACUCGGCAGGCUUGCUAUUUCGUCGCUGGGGGAAAAGUAUAAGCUCGAAAGAGGUGGAAGCGGAACGAGUCCUGGUGAAGCUGCGACGGCGGCGGCGGAUACCAACUCUUGA